UUGUUGAUAUAACCCCAGUGCCGGAGCUCGACCAACCAUCAGUUGUUGUGAAGUGGUGCGCCGAGCAGUGUGUGAGAUCCGGAGAAGCUACCCCGAAGCCAAGUGUUUGGGACCAAGUUGUGCACAGAAGUUCCUUAGUGGCAGAAGCGAACAGACACACAAUCAGCAACAGAAACGUUUGAACCAUAAGGACACGAUGUACGGUGGAAUGUUGCUGAUGGUGGCGUGCCUGGUGGCCGCCGGCAGUGUCAGUGGAACGCAGAAGCUCCAGGAGCGCUAUAGCUGGCAGCAGCUGGAUUUUGUCUUCCCCAAUCAACGCCUCAAGCAACAGGCACUGGCGCGGGGCGACUACGUGCCCACGAACGGUCUGCCGGUCGGUAUCGAGCGCUGGGAGAACAAGCUGUUCGUCUCGGUACCAAGAUGGAAGGAUGGUAUCCCCUCGACGCUUAACUACAUUGACAUGAACCAGACGCCGUCCGGUUCGCCGGCCCUCAUCCCCUACCCGGACUGGUCCUCGAACGUGGCGGGCGACUGUGCCAACGGUCUGUCCACCGUAUACCGCAUCAAGGCGGACAAGUGCGGUCGGCUGUGGGCCCUCGACACCGGUACCGUCGGCAUCGGCAACACCACGCAGCAGCUCUGCCCGUACGCGCUGAACGUUUGGGAUCUGAAGACGAACCGUCGGCUGCGCCGGUACGAGCUCCGCCCGGAGGACACCAACGCCAACACGUUCAUCGCCAACAUUGCCAUCGAUAUGGGACGCAGCUGCGACGACACGUUCGCGUACAUGUCGGACGAGCUCGGGUACGGGCUGAUCGUGUACUCGUUCGAGCAGAACAAAUCGUGGCGCUUCGCCCACAGCUUCUUCUUCCCGGAUCCGCUCCGCGGGGACUUUAACGUCGCCGGGCUCAACUUCCAGUGGGGCGAGGAGGGCAUCUUCGGCAUGUCGCUGACGCCACCGCAGGCUGACGGGUUCCGCACGCUGUACUUCUCGCCGCUGGCAAGCCACCGCGAGUUCACCGUGUCGACGCGCAUCCUGCGCGACGAGACGAAGGUGGAGGAAAGCUUCCACGACUUCCAGUACCUGAAGGAGCGCGGACCGAACAGCCACACGACGUCGCGCGUGAUGAGCGAAACCGGGCUGCAGCUGUUCAACCUGAUCGACCAGAACGCGGUCGGCUGCUGGCAUUCGUCGCUGCCGUACAGCCCGGAGUACCACGGCGUGGUCGACCGGGACGACGUGGAGCUGGUCUUCCCGGCGGACGUGAAGAUUGACGACGAGGAGACGGUGUGGGUCAUCUCCGACCGGAUGCCGGUGUUCCUGAUUGCCGACCUGGACUACAGCGACGUGAACUUCCGCAUCUUCUCCGCCCCGCUGUCGACGCUCGUCGCCGGCACGGUGUGUGACGUGCAGGCGGGCCAGUUCGGCGCGAUCCAGCCCAAGUUCGGCGGCGAUGCGGCCGACCUGUCGACCACCUACAACACCGACACGACGCUGCUGCCGACGACCUACUCGCAGCCGCUGUCCGGCGGGUACACGCCGUCGCUGAGCUUCGCGCCGACCGUGGCGCCCCAGGUGCACAAGUUUACGCAGGGCUACGAUACGCCGACCUCGCACAUGUACUCCACCCAGUCCUACCCGACGACGGCCAAGGCGUACGCGUACAACAAGUACCACGGCGUAGAGUUCCAUGCGCACGGUGCGCCGCACCACGGUCACGGCUACCACCACGGGCCGCAGCACGGGCACGACGAGCAGGAGCAGCAGGGCGGGUACAGCGGCCAUCGCGGCUACUGGAACGGUGGCCACAAGAAGCAGGACUCGUGGAAGCAGUUCUUCUACUAAAGGAGAGGCACACACUAAGCCACACCGACGCGCACCCACAGACCUCAGUUAGAUCUGUUUUAUUGGUCGUUCAAUAAUACAUACACACACACACACACACACACACACACACACACACAAACACAGUGCACCGUGUGCCCAAAAACACGCCCAAAUCGGAGCCACCAGCACAGAUCGACACGGCACAGUACACACAACCUCUUGUCGCUUUUGUUUUGCCUCGUGAGCGAUAACACAUACACAGCAAAUGCGUAUUAGCUUAAGGAAAUGGCGCAACACGAGUGUGAGUUGCGUCUCGGGUUGGAGGGAGUAGAAAACUGAAAAAAAAAAACAAACGACACCCGUCAAAACGAUUACACUAAGGUACCGAUGCCUUUUGUCGAGAUGAGACACAGCUUCAGAAGGUGACAGGAAAUAAAUUAUCAAGAGUGACACACGAUUGAGAGGAAGCGAGCGAAAGAGUGAAUGUAAGUUUUGUUACGUACUUCGGAAGAGCUGUAAUAAAAUGGUAACAAAAUUAAA